AUAACAUCAUUCCAACGAAAGUAAUCAAACACUAAGUACUACCGACAAACUCUUUGCGCACAAAUCAACAGCAAAUAAAGCAGUAAAAUGGCUUUCCUCAAGUACACAAUUGUCGUCUACCUGGCCCUCAUUUCCGUCAGCCAAUGCGCACUUUUGCGCGCUGCUCCUGCACCGGUUGUGCCAAUCAACACAGAGAUUGACCCACAUCCACAAUAUGCUUUCGCUUACAAUGUGCAGGAUGCUGUCACCGGCGACAGCAAGAGCCAACAGGAAGUGCGCGAUGGUGAUGUUGUGAAGGGUUCCUACUCUGUUCUGGACGCUGAUGGUACACUUCGCACAGUAUUCUACACCGCUGAUCCCAUCAAUGGCUUCAAUGCCGUCGUUCAACGUGGUCCGGUUCCUGUAGUGGCUGCCAAGCGCGUUUUGCCUGUUGCUCCAGUGCCGCUGCCGGCACGCUUCAUCCAGGGCUGAAUAGAGAGAUGGCGAGAGCUUGUCAGCUGAGUUUUUUGUAGCAUUAGACGCCUAAGCACUGUGCUAUUAACCUAUCAUCACUCAUCAAUUAUUUAGCAUGCUAGUCAAGCAGUCUGAUCAUUAGUCAAUUAGUUAAUCAACCCUACAAAUACUUGGCUGGUAGGUCUUUGCGUUCUUGUUGGUAUUGUUAAAAGUCAAUUUAAUUAAUUUUUGCUUUGUUGUUUUGUAGCUCAUAAUAGAAUUAAAUUAUUACAUAAUUAUUAACUACAUUUAAAAAACACAAACAUAUACACUCACAUACAUACAUGUAUGUAAGUACAUUAUUUAGGCUAUAGUCGCACUAAGCAC